AAGACACGGUACCGGAAUGAAAUAUCGCGAUUACUGAGCAGCUCUGUUCGUUGGUUGAAUCUCUACAGCAUCAUCAUCAGCAUCAUCAUCCGCCUCAUCACCGUCCCCACAUCUGAGUCCAGGAGAAACGGAGGCUUGGCGACACACGGCGUGUAGGAGGCUCGUGACGUGAUUGUUUCAAAUCCAUAAUCAUUGAAAUGAGACGAGACAUUUAACGAACAGAGUCUCCGCUGUGAAAGUAAAGUCACCUUGAAUGGAAAGUUGCUUAUCGGAGUGGACGGAUCAGCCUUCUUGGUUAGUCUGAGGACCGAGGUGAGGUUACAGAAUAUUGACACCUAACAUCAGGGAUCUAAAAAAAGAAUCUUCAUGGCAGAAAACAAUUUCCCACCUCUUCCCCGUUUCAUUCCCCUGAAGCCAUGCUUUUAUCAAGACUUCAACGAGAUCCCAGAUCAAAGCCGCACCAUGUGCAAGCGCUUGUACCAUCUCUGGAUUUUAAACAGUGCUACAUUGGCAGUGAAUCUGAUUGGCUGUCUGGCAUGGAUGUGCGGUGGCGGCGGAGCCACUAACUUUGGAAUGGCUAUAUUGUGGCUUAUUCUGUUCACCCCUUGCUCUUAUGUGUGCUGGUUCCGGCCCAUCUACAAAGCUUUUAAGACUGACAGCUCUUUCAACUUCAUGGCAUUUUUCUUCGUAUUCAUGGCUCAGGUUGUGAUCAGUAUUAUCCAAGCAGUGGGCAUCCCGGGCUGGGGAGUCUGUGGGUGGCUGGCCACCAUCACAUUCUUCAGCACUAAUAUCGGCUCUGCUGUGGUCAUGCUGAUUCCCACUAUUAUGUUCACAGCUGUUGCUGUGUUGUCUUUCAUUGCCCUCACCAAGGUCCAUAACCUCUACCGUGGUAGUGGAGGUAGUAUGAGCAAGGCCCAGGAGGAAUGGACAACAGGUGCUUGGAAAAACCCCCACGUACAACAAGCAGCCCAACAGGCAGCUAUGGGGGCAGCCCAGGGGGCAAUGGAGGGCCAACAGUACUCAGCCCCGCCCACUUACAACUAUAACGACCCCAUGUAAUAUGCAUCAAGUAGGAAACUGUUAGGAGUGUAAGGCCUGUUUUAUACUUGACAUGUGACUAUGCUUGUGUGUUCAGCUACAGUGUAAGUGAACAAACAACAUCCACAUCAUGUAAAGUGGCUUGUCAGUGCCACAAAUAUCCAUGUCCAUCAGGUUUUCAUGUUAUAAUGCAAAACAGACAUUUCCCAUGUAGAAGGGGAAUUGAUUUGUUUUAAUGCACAAAAACUGUCUAGAAUAUUACCCAAGUGUGUCAUUUGACAAACAUCUCUAGUUUGUUUAGUCUAUGGCAGACAUUAUACCAAAUUGCACUAUACUGCCUACACUAUUUAGUUUGGGCACUGAACACUCACCUGCAUCAACUAAUACUGUACCACAUGCACACAAACAUGCACCUCAACAAACAAAGUGCAGGAUAUAGGUGGAUGCUAUCUUCCAUACACAUGUGCAUAGUUAAAAGCAAGUAUAAACCUGGCCUUACAGGGGUUUUAGAAAGGUGGUUAACAAAAAGAAUCAGAGCAAAUAACUGACCAAUUAAAUUUUUAACUAUACAAUGAGGCAUUUAAAAAUUGCCUCAGUUGUCUAUAUGGUAGUGUGUAGUAUUGUUUUUGUUGUUCAAGAUUAGAGUUUCUCACCUCUUACUCCAGAGGCCUGCGGCGCUGCAGAUAAAAUUUCCUUCCUCUUAACACACCUGAUUCAGCUCAGAAGUUAAUCAUCAUACAUGCAGGUUAAGUGUUUAAUAGCAGGAAAAGCUUGUGAGAGGGUCAAUGGGCUUCCUGGACAUGAAUUGAGAUGCUACUUUAAAACCAACCAGUAAUAAAUUACAUCUUUGUGGUAUCAAG